GUCAGCACAAAAAACUUCAAGGUUUCCGCUCAACAAGUCACCAAAACUCUCCGGCGUGGUCGAUGGAUACGAGGGGACUUAACUUCAAUUAAAGUCACUUUCAUCGCGCAUCAAGGAAUGCACCUGAAGGCGUCCGACGGAAACGUGGCGAGGCUGGUGAAACAAAACAACUGUUCACGUCCCUCGGGCAGGAACGCCAGCGGAGGGCAGCUCCUCUGGGCAUGAACGUGCGCACCGAGGAAGGAAGUUAGGAAGCGACACGAUGGCACAGUGCGGAAGAAGGAAUCGACCUAAAUUGCUUUUUUUCCUCUUUGGCGCUACUCUAGUGGGAUACCUGAUAUUUUUCAGACACAACUCGGGGGACGCGAACGCAACGAAUCGACGAGAUGCCCCCGGAGAGCGAGAGGUGGCAAAUGAGGAGCUCAAGAAACCCGUCUACGAGCGGCCCCCCUCUGAUGCGCACGCCCUGGGGGAAAUGGGGAGAGCCGUCAAACUAAACCUUGACGAAGAGGAGAGAAGAAAGGAGCAGGAAAGCAUCAAGAAACAUCAGAUCAACACUUAUGUCAGUGAUAAAUUGUCGUUACACCGGAAGCUGCCAGAGAGAUGGAACCCGCUGUGCAGAGAGCUGAAGUACGACUACAGGUCGCUGCCCACGACCUCCGUGGUCAUCGCCUUCUACAACGAGGCCUGGUCCACCCUGCUGAGGACGGUCCACAGUGUGCUGGAGACGUCGCCCGACAUCCUGCUGAAAGAGCUGGUGCUGGUGGACGACUACAGCGAUAGAGCUCAUCUGAAGGAGCCACUGGAGAGGUACAUCUCAGGUUUGAGGAAGGUGCAUCUGAUCCGGGCCACCAAGAGGGAGGGGCUGGUGCGGGCACGGUUGCUCGGGGCGUCUAUUACCACGGGUGACGUGCUGACCUUCCUGGACUGUCACUGCGAGUGUCAUGAGGGCUGGUUAGAGCCUCUGCUCCACAGGAUCAAGGAGGACCCGUCGGCUGUGGUGUGUCCCGUUAUCGAUGUGAUCGACUGGAACACCUUCCAGUAUUUAGGGAACUCUGGUGAACCCCAGAUUGGGGGCUUUGAUUGGCGGUUGGUCUUCACCUGGCACGCUAUCCCAGAGUAUGAACAGAAACGCCGUCAAUCGCCCGUUGAUGUCAUCAGGUCUCCGACGAUGGCAGGCGGUCUGUUUGCUGUGAACAAGAACUACUUCCAUUACCUGGGGACAUACGACACAGGGAUGGAGGUGUGGGGAGGAGAGAACCUGGAAUUCUCCUUCAGGAUUUGGCAGUGUGGGGGCAGCCUGGAGAUCCACCCAUGCUCCCACGUGGGUCAUUUGUUCCCUAAAAAGGCCCCUUACUCCCGGAGCAAAGCUCUGGCGAACAGCGUGAGAGCCGCUGAGGUCUGGAUGGAUGAGUACAAAGAGAUCUACUACCAUCGAAACCCCCACGCACGACUGGAGGCCUACGGUGACGUGACUGAGCGGAAGAAGCUUCGAGAGAAGCUGGGCUGUAAGAGCUUCAGGUGGUAUCUGGAUAAUAUAUUCCCCGAUAUUCACAUCCCAGAGGAUCGGCCAGGCAUGUUUGGAAUGCUGAAGAACCGGGGCAAGACCAACUUCUGCUUUGACUACAACCCGACCGAUGAAAACAAAGUGGUGGGCGAAAGGGUCAUCCUGUACUCGUGUCACGGCAUGGGUCAGAACCAGUUCUUUGAAUUCUCCCCGGACGGUGAGAUCCGCUACAACACGAGGACUCCUGCUGGAUGCGUCGUGGGCGACAACAUCAGCAACUACCUGAACGUGCAGCUGUGUCGAAAUCGAGGACAGCCUCUACCUGUGGACCAGAAGUUUGUUCUCAGAGAGGAUGGGAGCCUGCACCACACGUUGAGCCAGAAGUGUGUUGAGGCGCUCGACAAGACGGACAACGGGACCCCAGCCCCCUCACUCCAACCCUGCUCCGACAGCCUCCUCCAGAAGUGGUUCUUUGAGGAGAGGAUGUAACGCUAUCAAACAUUUUUCUCAUUCAGGGUUGAUUUCCCGAGGAGGGAGUUGGGUGGAUUUUGAUAUGUUGGCCGUGUCCCGAAAGAAGCCCGAAGGGGGAAGCUUCCAUGCCCUCCCCAAAUUCGACAUUUGCAGAUUUUUUUUGCUUGCUGGAUAUAAUGAACAAAUAGGAAAUUAAGUAUGGGUUCUGCUUUCGGAAGAACUUUGAGAAUAUAUAUAUAUAUAUGGGAAUAAUCUUUCUUGGAUGCUGUUGCUGGGAGACAGGAGCCUACUGAAUAUGCAUUGCUUUGUAAUCAAGGAGGAUCAGUCAGAACCUGCACAUUCUGACAUGUUUCUUGAGGGACAGUUACCUACUCGGGUACGAUCGCGAGAUCAGUUCAGCUCACUUGCUUUAUGCCAUCGGUCUCAAUGCGUUAGCACAUUGUGAAGCAUUGAGACGUGUUUGCAUGUUCGCCUGCAGAGGGCGCCAACGCUCCUCCCUGCAAGUCUCUCUUUCACGGUGUUCUCUAUUUGUUGAGAGAAAAUGGGACAAAUCUUCAGGUAUUUUGUUCAGAACCUUUUUAAGCCUUUUGAUUGCUUUGUACUCGGAUCCCAGGCAUUAUGCACCCAGUACCUCUUCAACUUAAUCACCUACCUGCUGAGGAUCUCCAGUCGUCUUCUGUUCGGCUGUGAAUGAACCUUUAAAGUAAAAUGACAUGGGUCAUUUAAUAUAUUUUUUACAACAUAGUGUACUUGCCUCUAUUCUGUGCUCUUUAAAUUAUUUAUAUAUAUUUCUUCAGCUGUCUUAAUCACAUCAGAUUUACUUCAUGUGUCAUCAACUAUGUUUAUUUAACUGUAUUUAGAUAAGAAUAUAUGACUUACUAUGUUAUAUUUUAAAGCUUAGAUGCAGACAUUUUAAGUCAUACAUACGAGGACAUGUAUUCUCUUAAUGUUAGCAAAUGCAUAUUGUAAGAACAAGAUCCUCUUUCCCAUCUUUCUUGUACACUUGAAGCCAAUAGAAAGUGCCUUAAUGUAAAAAAAAAAAAAAGGGGAAAAAAAAGAGCAUAAGAGUAGACUUCUAUUUUAAGAUUUCCCUUCAGGAAGAUGUUUUUGUACUGAAUGUAUAUUUGAUCACACAAUGAGAUAGGAAGUGAACUGUAGGGAGAGUUGUGACAAAGUGUUCCAAUAUGUACGCUCUCCUGCAGACAAGACGGUGUUCCUCUGAGUGCACAUGUAUUCCUCCUGUGGCUCGGACUGAUUCGUGCACACCGCCCCUUUUUCCAUCGGUCAGAAUCUGAACUAUAGAUCUGUCUGUUGUGGUUACUCGUGAGGCGGUCCGAGGGAAACACAGCCGAGGAGGAGACAGUUUUUUGUGUCUCCAGAGUGCUGGGGAUGCCAAAUGGCGUCUGGAUGGAUUUUCUGGUCCUCCCAAUUCAGUAUCGCCUUAGCGCCAGCCACAUCCACCUAAGAUAGGCACUUGUUUCUUGUGUGCCUAUGUUUUGAUUUAUGAAUGGAAGUCAUCAAGAGCACAGUCUCUGGCAGCAUGGGCCGAUAGUGGAGGGGACUGAAUGAAGCAAUUUGUGACCUCUCUAACCAUUAACCCGAACAGGCUGCUGGUCCAUCGGUCUCAAGGGAGCUUCGCUAGAGGACAAUCGUACUGAAGUAGAUUUUUGUGAUUGAUUCAGAAUGUAGACUCGCAGUGAGAUGAAUAUUUCGUUUCAGUAGAAUCCAAAUCCCUUCAUCUGCCUAAUAUAAUGAAUGUACCGUAAUGUGCAGGAAAAUGGUAACAUCUGUGCACAUGAACCCACAUAGGAGAAGCCUAAAGGGACGGCGCAAUAUGUGCUUCACUUAGCUCUCUGAAGUUAUAUUUAUAAUCACACUGUGUAGGAUGAAGGCACAAGUUCCAAGCGUAUUGGAUAAUGGAUGUCAUUUGUGGGGUUGAAGUUCUCGGUAAUCUAUAAAGGUUUUUGCCGGCACAAGGUACAAGGUUGUGCAGACGAAGCUUGGUGAUGAUUAUCGUGUGCUACAUAGUGUUAUAAAUCUGAAUGAUUGAAGCUACUGGUGUGAUCAAGUUCCCGCAAAUUCAGAAUAACAUCACAUAACGGAUGGAAUAUGUGUCUAAUAAGAAAUAUUAUGUCUGCUCCUCAAAGCUUAGGUACGGCGCCUCACACAAACGCAACACACACACACACACUUGUUAUCAUGUUGUUACAAUGAGAGAGGGGGCCACUGGGGGGCCCCGUCCUGUGAGAAGGGGUGGGAAGAUGGAGCAGGUCCGAGGUCAGGAUGACGUCACGAAAAUGUGGGGGCUGAGCGGUACUUUGCUUGGGAGAGAGAGUCGUUUUGGGUUUCAACCGGUGUUGUUGAGAGGACUCCCGCUGGGAUUAAAAUCGCAUGCGAGCUUGUAGUUUACGUGUGAUCGGUGAAUAAAUUCUUCUGUUGCAAAGGAGAGAACGAGAGAAGGUCGUUGGCUGAAUUAUUCCCUUUGCUCGACCAGGCAACCGAUUUUAAUGCACGCUAACACUAGAGAGAGGGGUGGGUGGGUGGGGACUGUCUCUGGAUUGUAUGAAUGUGUUGGGCGGUGAAGCUUGACGUCGGUCACCACUGCCACAGAGAAGUUGGGGAACAGGUUGUUCUUCAGGGGUUCAUGGGCCCGGGCAGCCCUGCAGACGGUCAUGGGGUUUCCCUGCUAUGAUUUAGGACUUCAAUGAGUUUCUGCCACGAGAGAUAUGAUUCAAUAUGAACCGGUGAAAUUGACCUUUAUACAAGGAUGAAAAAGAUGUCACUUUCUAUCGGUUUGUGUCUUUAGCCGGUGACUGAAGUAUACAUACGAUAUCCUGUGAAUAAAAGAGUUAUUUACUGUCCCACUGGCCUUCUGUUAUGCAGACAUGUCCUUCAUAGUAAAAAUAAAUAAAUAAUGCUGCAGUUAUAUUGUAUGCUAAUUUGAUGAGGUGCAUGAAGCGGCAAUGCAAUUGAUAUUCACCAGUCGAGGAUCAAAUCUCUCUGGCAGGUCAUGAGAGGUAUUUGAUCAACCAGACUCAUGUUGUAAAUAGUUGUGAUAUUUAAUUAUGGAGCACUUUAACCUGUCGAGAGGCCGAUUUUCACCUAACCCCAAUAACCCGUACUGCUGUUUUACAAUAGCACGGACAUGUCAAUUCCCAAUAAACACAUUUCAGUUAUUUAAGUGGUGAACAUGCACAGAUACCAAUGCUAGAAUGUAAAACCAUGUCGGGUGUAUUAAUGCUGUUAGCAACUCCAGUGGCCUUAUAUUGUUAAUAGGAUGGUGAAGGAUUAAUAAUAUGCGUUGGAUUUGGUGGAUCACUCAAUGUAACAAAUCAGAUGUCAAUGUACCCACUUAAACACAAAUGUAAUGUUGGCUUUUUGUAUUGACCUGUUCUCGCUUAUUAUGUCUCUUGAUUUUAAUAUUUGUUUGUGUGUAAUAUCAUUGGCAGGCUUUAUAUAUGGAAAACUAUCCAGAAAAUACUUCUGCUCUCCCUGUACUCCUUUGUGUAUCCAUUAAAGUGUGACUCAGCCAGCAUCCCCAAUGAGAAGGAACAGGCUCUCAACCACAUGGCACUGAGACCUGGAUCAAGAUGCAUGGAGGGUUAGUAAUGAGAGAAGAAAUAGAAGUAGGGUGGGGGGCUGAGUUUUCCAACCAUAUCUGAUUGGCUUGAUCACCAGCUUCUGAGUGAGGUGGUGAAACGUCGAGCCCGCGCCAAGUCGCUCUGUUCCCCCCGGUGUCGACGCUCCGGCCUGCAGUCGCUCUCAAUUACUCAUUGACGAUGCUCUGCUGUUUCUUCCAUACAAUUGUG